CUGGACAUUCAACUUUCAAACGCGUUUUCCCUCAGAUGACUCUGGUUACUUGUAUUAUUUCCCUUGCAGAUUCCACAUACAUCUGGUUUCUUUGGUUUCGCCACAUAAUUGGAAACUGCGAGUUUGGAAGGAAUGGGGGAGGGGAACGAGAGGAGAGUGGGUAAGAGUUAAGGAAAAUAAGCAGAAAGCUGCACGUUUUCUAGAGCCUCGAAGAAACUCGGAGGGAAUAGGAAGAGAGAGAGAUUUUGACAAAGAGUUUGUGUGUUUCGCCACCAGCGGAUCACAGCAUGGCGCUGUUCCCAUUCUGCAAGACACCCACAGGAGCCAUCAGAGUGUCCAGGAUGCAGCUGCUCCUGUACUGUGUUCUACUGUCCCUUAUCAUAUACUUCCUCCAGGGGCGCAAGCCUGGUGGAAAUGUGAGGUCCCCUCAUCCUUACUUUCACUCCAUGGAACUGGCCAUGGCAAGACAAAGGACCGAUAUGGAGAAGAGCAAGGCAGCAGCUCCACAAACCCCUGCGCAGACUCCUUGGGGUGCCCCUUUAGUUUGGGGUGACAACCACAACUCAGUCAGGCGAAGGACUGAAUUUGCACAGCAAGAAAUCCGGAUAGGCCUGCUAGCCCUAGUGGUGGGAACAUAUGCCCAACAUGUGAGACGUUUCAUCUCCUCAGCAGAAAUCUACUUCCUACCCAAUCAGUUGGUCACUUACUACAUUCUCAUUGAUAAUCCUCGCACAUUGGAUCCUCCCAUCAAGUUGGCACCUGGACGGCAGCUGAAGGUGCUUCCCGUUGCGGAGUUCCCAGGCUGGGACAAGUUGGUCUAUCGUCGUAUGCCCCUUUUGGCUGACACCCUCAAGAACCAAAUUGGCAGGGAGGUCGAGUACAUUUUCUGUGCUGACAUUGACCAGGAGUUUGUGGCACCUGUGGAAGAAGAAAUACUUGGUGAACUGGUUGCUACCUUGCACCCUGAACUCUAUGGCAAACCACGGAAGGCGCUUCCUUAUGAAAAUGAUGAAAACUCAUCAGCUUACGUGAAGAAGGAUGAAGGUGACUACUACUACACCUCUGAGCUCUAUGGUGGGCUGGUUCACGAUAUGUACAGAAUGGCUCUGGGUUGUUCUUUGCUCAUAUUGAAGGACCAGGGAAAUGGCAUAAUGGCCAGCGGCCGUGAAGAAAGCUACCUGAAUCGAUACUUGAUCACUCACCGGCCAACCUGCGUGCUUUCACCAGAGUACAAUUGGUGGGAUUCGGGCCUGGCUGUAGACGUGCCUGAGAAGAGGCUGGUCUCUUUAGGAAGGCAAUGUGAGGCAUUCGAUGCUGAGAAGAGAGAGAAGCACCGAUGUUGAGUUGAUGUGUUCUCAUUUGUUUUAGUUCUGUAUUCUCUUUUGACAGCUGCUUGAAAAUACUGUAGUAGGUCUAACUUGGAGCUUAUGAGAUCCAAACUUAAAGCUCUCCUCUCAAACAUAAACUAAACAUGGCUGACAAUAAGGAUAA